CCUCCCAGCGCCCGGCGCCUGAGGGAGCGGCAAGAUGGCGGACGGUGGCGGCUUGGCUGAAGCCGCGACUGCUGCGUCUUCUCCCCCGGCACCUGCUCCCGGCCUGAGCCCGCCGCUGGGCUGGAGGGAGCGGCUGCGGGCCAGGCUGGCGGGCACUGGGGUCUCGCUGUGGUUCGUGGUGGGGCUGGGGCUGGGACUGCUUUACGCUCUGAGGGUCCCGCUGCGGCUGUGUGAGAAUUUGGCAGCGGUGACAGUGUUUUUAAAUUCAUUGACGCCCAAAUUCUAUGUGGCACUUACAGGAACAUCUUCUUUGAUAUCAGGACUAAUAUUUAUGUUUGAAUGGUGGUACUUCCAUAAACAUGGCACGUCUUUUAUGGAGCAAGUGUCUGUGAACCAUUUGCGACCACUGAUGGGAGGAACAGGAAACGGCAUUUCAGAGCCAGGCUCUCCUUCCAGCAACAGAGAAAGUGAAACCAGCAGACAGAAUCUGUCAGAAUGCAAGGUAUGGAGAAACCCUCUAAACCUUUUCAGAGGAGCAGAGUAUAGGAGAUACACUUGGGUGACUGGUAAAGAGCCUCUGACCUACUAUGACAUGAAUUUGUCAGCUCAGGACCAUCAGACCUUUUUCACCUGCGACACUGACUUUUUACGUCCUUCAGACACAGUUAUGCAGAAGGCAUGGAGGGAAAGAAAUCCUCCAGCUCGAAUCAAAGCAGCCUAUCAAGCUUUAGAAUUAAACAAUGACUGUGCCACUGCUUACGUGCUACUGGCUGAGGAAGAAGCAACAACGAUUGUGGAUGCCGAAAGGCUGUUCAGACAGGCGCUCAAGGCAGGAGAGACUAUUUACAGGCGGUCACAGCAGUGCCAGCACCAAAGUCCUCAGCAUGAAGCCCAAAUGAGGAGAGAUACUAAUGUACUGGUAUACAUUAAAAGAAGAUUGGCAAUGUGUGCAAGAAAAUUAGGAAGAAUAAGAGAAGCAGUAAAAAUAAUGAGAGAUUUGAUGAAAGAAUUUCCUCCUUUUACCAUGUUGAACAUCCAUGAAAAUCUCCUAGAAUCACUUUUAGAGUUACAGGCCUAUGCAGAUGUUCAGGCAGUCUUAGCAAAAUAUGAUGAUAUAAGCCUUCCAAAGUCAGCAACAAUCUGUUAUACAGCAGCACUAUUGAAGACAAGGACUGUUUCAGAUAAAUUCUCUCCAGAAACAGCCUCAAGAAGAGGGUUAAGCACCGCAGAAAUGAAUGCUGUGGAAGCAAUUCAUAGAGCUGUGGAGUUUAAUCCUCAUGUUCCAAAAUAUUUAUUAGAGAUGAAAAGUCUAAUUUUACCUCCAGAACACAUUCUGAAACGGGGUGAUAGUGAAGCAAUUGCCUAUGCUUUCUUUCAUCUUCAGCACUGGAAGCGGAUAGAAGGUGCUCUUAAUCUGUUACAGUGUACGUGGGAAGGCACUUUUAGAAUGAUACCAUACCCAUUAGAGAAAGGCCAUCUGUUCUACCCUUACCCUGGCUGCACAGAGACUGCUGAUAGAGAGCUGUUACCUACCUUUCAUCAUGUUUCUGUUUACCCAAAGAAGGAGCUUCCUUUUUUCAUCCAUUUCACAGCAGGACUGUGUUCUUCUACAGCAAUGAUAGCUCUUCUCACACACCAGUUUCCUGAAAUCAUGGGUGUUUUUGCUAAAGCUUGUGAAAAGGAAGCUUGGUGAUCAUACCAUAACUCUGUUGUUUGCAGUUGUGCCGAGCGGGGAGUGAGUGCACCUCAAACUGAGAUGACCUUGCUGGGUAGUCUGGCAUGGGAAAAAAUGAACUAGAGAGGGAAUCCCAUCCGUGUAACAACUGGGAAAAAUAUGCAGCUGUAUGUUUGAGAUCACAGGCAAGCCAUGAGAGAGCUACUUCAAUAUUGGGUUUCUCUCAGGACAGUGGGAAGGGGGUGAAAUAGAGCUCGGAGGGAGAUCUGCAAUCUGGGAUAGAGACGUGGCAGCUAUUGCAGUGGACUUCCAUGAGGUAUUGCCUAAGAUUAACGCGGAGUGUGCUCACUGUCUGCUCUGCCCAUUGAUGUUAGCAUGCGGUGUCUGCCUCUCCCUGAGAGACCACUGGUGCGCCAGCAGAGGCUUUAAGGUUGCAAUGCACAAGCUCCUUAGCGCUCCCUCUAGCUGAGUCUGAGAAUAAAUAAUCAUAAUUUUAAAGUGGAAGCUUCUUUUUUAGGCCAAAAGUUAUUAAUUUACUGUGAUUCUAGUUCAUGAAUAGUGAACAGGCAUUUAUUUACUAUCUUUUGGUAUUUGUAUAGUCGGUGAUAUACAGUGUUAAAAACGUGCCCGACAGCCAACUUUUACAGUCAGUCCCUGUGGCCUUCACAUACGCAUUUUAAGUUCCUAAAAGCUAAGUAUUUACUGAAAUUAUCUACAAACCAAUAUUUGGUACACAGAAGCUCCAGGGCAGGUUUCAUUUCAGAACUAAUGGAAAAUGGUCCAGGCCGGCUGGCUCAGUUGGUUAGAGUGGCAUCCUGAUAUGCCAUCAUUGCUGAUUCAGUCCCCGGUCAGGGCACAUAGGAUUUAUGCAUUAUGAAUGCAUAAUAAAUGGAACAACAAAAUCAAUGUUUCUCCAUCUCUGUAAAAAAUCAAUGAAUAAAAAAAGGACUUAGUGAUUAUUUUUAAAAAAAGAAUUAAUAGAAAAUAAUUAUGGAAUGAGCCGUCUCCAGCUUCUAGACAUAACGUUUUGACUCAACAUCUGGCCAGCCAGCUAGCAAGGAAACAAGAGGCUCACAUCCCACCUCUUUACCACUUAGCACAGUGUGUCUAUGCACUGGGAGCGUCACCAUCCACGGCCAGGAGCUCGUUAGAACUGCAGAACCUCAGGCACCACUCCAGACCUCCUGAAUCUACACUUUCACAAGAUCCCUAGGUGACCCUUAGGUACUUGAAAACGAGCAGUGAUGCUCUGCUCUACCCCAAAAGAGGAAUUUAGAACACCUGGAGAGUACUGUCUUAUCAAGGGAGAGAAGGGCAGCAUUGCUGAAUGGUUGUGAGGGUAGGCUCUGGAGCCAGGCCGCUUUUCUUUGAAGUUCAACCCUGAUGCUAAUCAGCUGUGCAGUGUCCCGUAUGUUAUUUACCCUUUUCUCCCCCUCACUGUAAAAUAAGAAUAGUCCCACCUCACAAGUUUUGUGUGUGUGUGUGUGUGUGUGUGUGUGUGUGAGGGUUAAAAUGAGUUUAAAAUAUGUCAAGUGUUUAGAGCCGUGUCUGCCCAUAGUAAAAACCAGGUGAGUGUUAGCUGUCGUCACCACUGUCACUGUCAUUGUCACCGAAGUGCAGCUUAGCAGGAAAUCCUCCCCCUUUCACGUCUGGGAGAGCUAUGUCCUGAGAGUAAAUUCAAAAUGCAUGUCCCAUACAAACUGCAGUAUAAAUGGUGGUGUAACCAUUUGAGCAAUAUUAUGAGUACUAUACUUCCAAUACCUUAUGUAUAUGUGGACCAUACAAAGGGGAGAAGUGUUUCACAUUCUAGGUGUGGCAAACUGUCUUGUAGAAUAGAACCUAUUAGAUUUUCAACUGCCUAAGUUAGGAUUUUCAAUUAAGUCAGAUAUUUGAUGGCUAAAUACAGUAGAAACAAAUGAAAAAUUUUGUUUGAAACAUACUGUCUUCUGUUAGUAAGGCAAAGCAAUUUAAGUAAAUGUCCUAAAUUUCUUUCAUUGUUACCAUUGUCUCUUCCUCAUCUAAUAUCUUUUUGUAUUAGCUCACAUGCUAAAGUAAAUUCAGUUUGAAUUUGUUAAGAUGUAUUUGUUAACAAAAACUGCUUUUUUGUGAAGCAAGGCACUAAGGAUAAAUGAUUCUUAAUAACCCUCACUGUGUAUCAGAUUUUGAUAAAUGGAAGGGAACAAA